CUGGAAGGGGUUCGGCGGCGGAGGCGGCGGACGAGGCGCCGCUCGGUGCUGCGGCUUCAGCUGAUAAUUGAAGGGAAGCGAGGCGGCUGCUGCCGGGAGGAGGGAGGCACGGAGCGUCUGCGGAGGCCGCACCGGGACAAACUAGUGAAUGAUAGUGUCUAGAAAGGGUAUGUCCCUUCAGGAGAGAGGUGCCAAUGUCCAACCGGCCUAAUAACAAUCCAGGGGGGUCACUGCGACGUUCACAGAGGAACACUGCCGGGGCCCAGCCACAAGACGACGCAGUAGGAGGAAGGUCACAUUUAGGGCAGGCAAAACAUAAGGCACAUAGCCCUCCUGAGAGUAGAAAAUCUAUUUCAAAGACACCCAAAGUGCAGUCUAAUACUACUUCUGAGCAGUCCAAGGGACACUUUUCUAAAAGAGGCUGUAGUUCAUCUGCUGUUUUAAUACCACAACAAGAAGAUCCAGAGAGAGUCAAUACUUCAGAAAAGCAAAAAACGGGGCAAGUGCCUAAGAAAGACAAUUCUCGAGGAGUUAAACGCAGUGCUAGUCCAGAUUACAGGAGGACCAAUUCUCCCAGCUCUGCUAAAAAACCCAAAGCACUUCAACACACUGAAACUUCCUCGGAAACCAACAAGCCACAUACUAAGUCUAAGAGAAGACACUCAGACCAAGAACAGCCCAAGUCUACACAAUUGCCAUCAACAAGCAAGGCUCACACCAGAAAGGGUGGAGCUGCUGGUAGCUCCCGAAGUCAGAAAAGGAAAAGGACAGAGAAUCUGUCUUGUAUAAAGAGUGGGUCAUCAGUUGAAUCAACUGGCGCUGAAGAGAAGUCAGCAAAAGUCUCCAAGCUGGCUUCAAAAUCGGUGACCUCAGCCAAAGCUGGGUGUAGCACCAUCACCGAUUCUUCUUCUUCAGCUUCCACCUCCUCCUCCUCUUCUGCUGUUGCCUCUGCUUCUUCUACUGUUCCUCAGGGUGCCAGAGUGAAACAGGGAAAGGACCAGAGUAAGGCUAGACGUUCCCGUUCUGCAUCUAGCCCCAGUCCAAGAAGGAGUAGCAGGGACAAAGAACCGAGUAAAACAGGUGGCUCUUCAAAGUUUGACUGGGCUGCUCGAUUCAGCCCGAAAGUCAGUCUACCCAAAACAAAACUGUCUCUACCAGGCUCUUCCAAGUCGGAGACAUCAAAACCUGGACCUUCAGGACUACAGGCUAAGCUAGCAAGUCUAAGAAAAUCUACAAAGAAGCGCAGUGAAUCACCACCUGCUGAGCUCCCCAGUUUGCGGCGGAGCACACGGCAAAAGACCACGGGCUCCUGUGCUAGCACCAGUCGGCGAGGCUCUGGCCUGGGCAAAAGAGGAGCAGCUGAAGCUCGCCGACAGGAGAAGAUGGCUGAUCCUGACAACAACCAGGAUGGAGUUAACUCUUCAGCUGCACGAACAGAUGAGCCUCCCCAGGGAGCUGCAGCUUCUAGUUCUGUUGCUGGAGCUGUAGGUAUGACAACUUCUGGAGAAAGUGAGUCAGAUGAUUCUGAGAUGGGAAGACUACAAGGUUCUAAAGCCCAACAGCUUUUACAAGGUCUCCAAGCCACUGAUGAAAGUCAGCAACUACAGGCAGUGAUUGAGAUGUGCCAGCUGUUGGUCAUGGGAAAUGAAGAAACAUUAGGAGGAUUUCCAGUCAAGAGUGUUGUACCAGCUUUGAUAACGCUGCUGCAGAUGGAGCACAACUUUGACAUUAUGAAUCAUGCAUGCCGAGCCUUAACAUACAUGAUGGAAGCACUUCCCAGAUCAUCUGCUGUAGUGGUAGAUGCAAUUCCUGUCUUCUUGGAAAAGUUGCAAGUUAUCCAGUGCAUUGAUGUGGCCGAGCAGGCGCUUACAGCCCUGGAGAUGUUGUCACGCAGGCACAGCAAAGCCAUUCUGCAGGCAGGUGGGCUGGCAGACUGUUUGCUGUAUCUGGAAUUCUUCAGUAUAAAUGCACAGAGGAAUGCACUAGCUAUCGCUGCCAACUGCUGCCAGAGUAUAACACCUGAUGAGUUUCACUUUGUGGCAGACUCUUUGCCACUGCUUACACAAAGGUUAACCCAUCAGGACAAAAAGUCUGUUGAAAGCACUUGUCUCUGUUUUGCACGGCUAGUGGACAACUUCCAGCAUGAGGAGAACUUGCUGCAGCAGGUUGCUUCCAAGGACUUGUUAACAAAUAUCCAGCAACUCUUGGUCGUGACGCCUCCAAUCCUGAGCUCAGGAAUGUUCAUCAUGGUGGUGCGCAUGUUCUCCCUGAUGUGCUCCAAUUGCCCUACACUUGCAGUCCAGCUCAUGAAGCAAAAUAUUGCAGAAACUCUUCACUUCCUCCUUUGUGGAGCCUCAAAUGGGAGUUGUCAAGAACAAAUUGACCUUGUUCCACGCAGUCCUCAAGAACUUUAUGAGCUUACUUCUCUUAUCUGUGAACUGAUGCCUUGCCUGCCAAAAGAGGGAAUCUUUGCUGUUGAUACUAUGCUAAAGAAAGGAAAUGCACAAAAUACAGAUGGUGCAAUAUGGCAAUGGCGAGAUGACAGGGGUCUCUGGCAUCCCUAUAACAGGAUUGAUAGUCGAAUAAUAGAGGCAGCUCAUCAGGUUGGUGAGGAUGAGAUCAGCCUGUCUACACUUGGGCGUGUCUAUACUAUUGACUUUAACUCUAUGCAGCAAAUAAAUGAGGAUACUGGAACAGCACGUGCCAUUCAGCGAAAACCAAACCCUUUAGCCAAUGCAAACACUAGUGGACAUUCAGAAUUGAAGAAGGAUGAUGCUCGAGCACAGUUAAUGAAAGAGGACCCAGAACUGGCAAAAUCCUUUAUCAAAACAUUGUUUGGUGUUCUUUAUGAAGUAUAUAGUUCUUCAGCUGGACCUGCUGUUAGACACAAGUGCCUUAGAGCAAUUCUUAGGAUAAUUUAUUUUGCUGAUGCUGAACUUCUGAAGGAUGUUCUGAAAAACCAUGCUGUUUCAAGUCAUAUUGCCUCCAUGCUGUCGAGUCAAGACCUUAAGAUAGUAGUUGGAGCCCUGCAGAUGGCAGAGAUCUUAAUGCAAAAGUUACCUGACAUUUUUAGUGUUUACUUCAGAAGAGAAGGGGUGAUGCACCAAGUAAAAAACUUGGCAGAAUCUGAGGCUUUGCUAACGAGCCCCCCAAAAGUGUGCACUAACGGCUCGGGAACGCUGGGCACCACGACCACAAUAAGUACUGGAACAGCCACUGCUGCCAGUAACGCAGCUGCAGAUCUGGGCUCUCCCAGCUUACAGCACAGCCGGGAGGAUUCGCUGGAUCUGAGCCCACAGGGAAGACUCAGUGAUGUUCUAAAGAGGAAAAGACUGCCAAAACGAGGGCCAAGGAGACCAAAAUACUCUCCUCCAAGAGAUGAUGAGAAAGUAGACAAUCAAGCUAAAAGCCCUACAACUACUCAAUCUCCUAAAUCUUCUUUCUUGGCAAGUUUAAAUCCUAAAACAUGGGGAAGAUUAAGCACACAGUCCAACAGUAAUAAUAUCGAACCAGCACGAACAGCAGGAGUAAGUGGUCUUGCAAGGGCUGCUUCCAAGGAUACCAUUUCCAAUAACAGAGAAAAAAUUAAGGGCUGGAUUAAGGAGCAAGCCCAUAAAUUUGUAGAACAUUAUUUUAGCUCUGAAAACAUGGAUGGAAGCAAUCCUGCACUAAAUGUAUUACAGAGACUUUGCACUGCAACUGAACAACUCAACCUCCAGGUGGAUGGUGGAACAGAGUGCCUUGUAGAAAUCCGUAGCAUUGUCUCGGAGUCCGAUGUCUCCUCAUUUGAAAUCCAGCAUAGUGGGUUUGUUAAACAACUGCUGCUUUAUUUGACAUCUAAAAGUGAAAAAGAUGCUGUAAGCAGGGAUAUCAGAUUGAAAAGAUUUCUUCAUGUAUUUUUUUCUUCUCCGCUUCCUGGAGAAGAGCCCCUUGGAAGAUUAGAGCCAUUAGAAAAUGCACCUUUGUUGGCAUUAGUCCAUAAAAUGAACAACUGCCUCAGUCAGAUGGAACAGUUCCCUGUUAAAGUGCAUGACUUCCCUAGUGGAAAUGGAACAGGGAGCAGUUUUUCUCUUAACAGAGGAUCCCAAGCUUUAAAAUUCUUCAAUACACAUCAAUUAAAAUGCCAACUGCAAAGACAUCCAGACUGUGCUAAUGUGAAACAGUGGAAAGGUGGACCUGUGAAGAUUGAUCCUCUGGCUUUGGUACAAGCCAUUGAAAGAUACCUUGUAGUUAGAGGCUAUGGAAGAGUUAGAGAAGAUGAUGAAGACAGUGAUGAUGAUGGGUCAGAUGAAGAAAUAGAUGAAUCUUUGGCUGCUCAAUUCUUAAAUUCAGGGAAUGUGAGACAUAGACUGCAGUUUUACAUUGGAGAUCACUUGCUGCCAUACAAUAUGACUGUGUAUCAGGCAGUCAGGCAGUACAGUUUGCAAUCUGAGGAGGAGAGGGAAUCUACAGAUGAUGAAAGCAACCCAUUAGGAAGAGCUGGGAUUUGGACAAAAACACAUACCAUUUGGUACAAACCUGUGCGGGAGGAUGAAGACGGUAAUAAGGACUGUGUUGGUGGUAAAAGAGGAAGAGCACAAACUGCUCCCACAAAAACCUCCCCUAGAAAUUCUAAAAAACAUGAUGAAUUGUGGCAUGAUGGUGUAUGCCCUUCGGUAUUAAAUCCUCUGGAAAUUUACCUCAUAUCUACUCCACCUGAAAAUAUAACAUUUGAAGAUCCCUCAUUAGAUGUUAUUCUUCUUUUGAGAGUUUUACAUGCUAUCAGUCGAUACUGGUAUUACUUGUAUGAUAAUGCAGUGUGCAAGGAGAUAAUUCCAACCUCAGAGUUUAUCAACAGCAAACUGACAGCAAAAGCAAACAGGCAGCUUCAGGAUCCUUUGGUCAUUAUGACAGGAAACAUACCAACUUGGCUGACAGAACUGGGGAAAACAUGCCCAUUUUUCUUUCCAUUUGAUACCCGCCAAAUGCUGUUUUAUGUAACCGCUUUCGAUCGUGAUCGAGCCAUGCAAAGACUACUGGAUACUAAUCCAGAAAUCAAUCAGUCGGAUUCUCAGGAUAGCAGAGUGGCACCACGGCUGGACAGGAAAAAACGCACUGUGAACAGAGAUGAGCUGUUGAAACAGGCAGAAUCUGUGAUGCAGGAUCUAGGCAGUUCAAGAGCCAUGUUGGAAAUCCAGUAUGAGAAUGAAGUUGGCACAGGCCUAGGCCCCACACUAGAGUUCUAUGCACUUGUAUCUCAGGAACUACAGAGAGCAGACUUGGGCCUUUGGAGGGGAGAAGAAGUGACUUUAGCCAAUCCAAAAGGAAGCCAGGAAGGUACCAAGUAUAUCCAUAACCUUCAAGGCCUUUUUGCACUUCCUUUUGGUAGAACAGCCAAGCCAGCUCACAUUGCAAAAGUUAAAAUGAAGUUCCGCUUUCUGGGAAAACUAAUGGCCAAGGCAAUCAUGGAUUUUAGACUGGUGGACCUUCCUCUUGGACUUCCUUUUUAUAAGUGGAUGCUGCGACAGGAAACUUCCUUGACAUCACAUGACUUGUUCAGUAUUGAUCCAGUAGUAGCCAAAUCAAUAUAUCACCUUGAAGAUAUUGUGAGACAAAAGAAAAGACUUGAACAGGAUAAAACACAGACCAAAGAAAGUCUACAGUAUGCAUUGGAGGCUCUGACUAUGAAUGGCUGCUCAGUGGAAGAUCUAGGGCUGGACUUCACACUUCCUGGGUUUCCCAAUAUAGAACUGAAGAAAGGGGGGAAAGAUACACCGGUCACCAUCCACAAUUUAGAGGAGUAUCUCAGAUUGGUUAUAUUCUGGGCACUAAAUGAAGGUGUUGCCAGACAAUUUGACUCCUUCAGAGAUGGAUUUGAAUCGGUCUUUCCCCUCAGUCAUCUUCAAUACUUCUACCCUGAGGAGUUGGAACAGCUCUUGUGUGGCAGCAAAACAGACACUUGGGAUGCAAAGACUUUAAUGGAAUGUUGCAGGCCUGAUCACGGUUAUACACAUGACAGUCGAGCAGUGAAGUAUCUGUUUGAAAUUCUCAGUAGUUUUGACAGUGAGCAGCAAAGACUGUUUCUUCAGUUUGUGACGGGGAGCCCCAGACUGCCUGUAGGAGGUUUUCGAAGUUUGAACCCUCCCCUGACGAUUGUACGCAAGACUUUUGAGUCUACAGAGAAUCCAGAUGAUUUCUUACCCUCAGUAAUGACUUGUGUGAACUAUCUCAAAUUGCCGGACUAUUCAACUAUUGAGAUAAUGCGUGAAAAACUCUUGAUAGCUGCAAGAGAAGGGCAGCAGUCAUUCCAUCUUUCCUGAUCACAAUGAAAAAAUGCAAUGUCUGCCUGUUACAGCAAAAGAGAAAAACUCAUGAUUCUUUUCUAAAUAUAUCACCUGAGUCAAGGAAACGUGUUACGCCUUCUUGUUGUAGAAAAACGGCUUGCAGAUUAUAAACAAAGACACUUGGUUGAUAUUCAUUAAAAGCCCCUAUGGACUUAAAGUGAUCAGGCCCUAAAAGUUGUUGUGACAAGGUUUCUUUAGCAAGUUCUUGUUUAAAUUAUCAUUUAUUUGAUGAGUGAAGUUUUUAACUUGCUUUGCUGUGUGAAAUUUAAAAAGGGAUGUUUUUCCAGGCUGGAACAAUAAAUGUCGCUGUGCAGUUUAAUACUGGGCUGUGUGUAUCCAUCUAGCUAAGUCUGAAGUUUUUCCUCCAAAGACAACUUUUGUACAUAAGUACAGAAAUUAAAACACAACAUGUAUUUGACGAAUCUAGUUUAGUAGACUAGUUCUGUGUACCCUCACCUGCCUCUAAUUUUACCCAUCCUCAUGUAUUGUCUGAUGUGCAAUUCACUUGGUUCUUUUUGUGUGCAACAUUCAACAAUUGUUAUGUUUUGGUUAGCAUGGGCAUUUAACUGCUCCGUGCCUCUUUCUCUGAUUAAGAUAAUUUAAAUUUUACUGAAAUCAAAUAUAUAUUGUCAAUAUAAUUCAGCCUUUGUAACUAGGUAGAACCUUUCUUAUAGCAUAGUUUUACUGUAGUGGUAGGUUAUAAUGGUGACAGUCGUUACCAGUCGGCGCUCCAGAGCUGUUUACACAGUGAUUCAGGCAGCAAAAGCCUCUUACUGGAGGUGAGGAAGAAUUAUUUCUUUCAUGUAGUUGAAGUCCAACAGCUUGGGCUGGCCAGUGUGUAUUGUGGUAAGGCCAGAGCAUUUCCAAUUGAUGUAAAGUUUUUUAAAAGACAAAUUAGUUGUUCCAUUCCCUGUUUAAGUAAACAGUUUUCUUGUUCUUGAUCUAAGUUCAUGAUUAAUUUUGUAGUUUUUUCUUCUUUUUUUUUUCUUUUUUUUCUUCCCCCCCAGUGCUAGCUUGGAACAAGCAGUUCAGCCUUUGUCUUUUGACACAGAUAAAGCACCUGUAAGCAAUGCUCUGUCCAACUGUUUUAUGUGCUGAUUUCUCAAAUCUGCAAUAAUUUACUUCAUCAGGUUAAUGUUUUUACCUGAAUAUAAAUAAAAAAGUUUGCUUCAC